CAGACUUCUCAUUUCACCAUCUGAAAAUGGAGGCGCAUAGUUCGCGGGAGCCCGACCCGCCCGCUCCCACCGCCCGGGCCCGUUCGAGGCCCGAUCCGUUCCUGAUCACCUGCCGAUGCUUCAGCGUCAUCACUGCUCUUGCCGCCGUCCUCUGCAUCGCCGUCAACAUCCUCUCCGCCGUCCACUCUUUCAGCAACGGAACUGAUAUUUUCGACGGGAUUUUCCGGUGUUACACCGUAGUCAUUGCCUCGUUUGUGGUGGUCGCCGAGACUGAGUGGGAAUUCAUCAUGAAAUUCUCCAAGGUUCUGGAAUAUUGGGCAGGCAGAGGAAUGCUGCAGAUCUUUGUUGCAGUUAUGACCCGAGCUUACCCCGAGUACUUAAAGGACCGCGAAGAGCUUUUUCUUCUUCAGAGCAUUUCUAGCUACAUACUUCUUGCUUGUGGUGUGGUUUACUUUUUAUCAGGAAUGUUCUGCAUUGGCAUGGUGAAACGUGCUCGCCAGAAAAAAGAAGUCUCGAGGGAGCAAGCAAUAAAGGAUCUUGGGGUAAUCUCUCUCUGCAAUCUACAUAUACUAUUAAGCUCUUGUUUGGCAAUCGAAUAUGCUGGAUAUCUCGAGAAAAUUGCUUCGUUAUCUCUUGCUGGCUGGCCCUUCACCUAUACUGUAACGAUGUUCAUGUUGCUGCUACUCUUGAAAAGGAAGUAGGAAUUACCCUUAUCAUGUCUAAAACCUCAUUAUAUGGUAAAGGAAGCUCGAAAAUGAUUUUACUGCUUUGGGCUGAUGUUUUUACUAAUGAAAGUUCGUAUCAACAGUGGCUAGAGCCAAUGUUGAGUUUUGUUUGUAUCAUGCUCUUUCUGAGGAUUACCAAUGUUGCACAAACUAACAAUUGCAGGAGCUUGAGCGGCGUCGAGAAGAACUUGAGGCAUUGUUGGUCCCUGGCGAAGCUUGACUCAGAGCUCGAACGUGGCUAGAGAAACGCCGUGCUGGUCAGCCGGGAUCGAACUACACUUGCCCUGCUGUUUAAAAUUAAAGCUAAAACAAAGUGAGGCUUAAAGAGAGUACUUAUUUUUUAUUGAUUGAAUCUCGUUAUACAGUUAGCCUCUUAUUUGUUGGCUCUCUGUAUUAGCUUUCCUCAACAAUUCUUUGUUUUUGAGAGGUCUCAAUAUUGAUUUCACAAGGAAUCAUUUCAUCUAUAACAUGAUUUCUGAGUUUGGACCA